AUGAGAAAACCGGAAUUUUAUGAUGAAACUGAGGGAAUCACAUCAAUAUUUUAUCACGAUGAAAAAAUGAAUCAUCCUGAAUUUAUGGCAAAAGUUGAUUUUGGAAAAAUUCGAAUUUUGAGUGGGAGAGAAACUACGUGUUUGGUCAAAUAAUUUAAAUGUUUUUAUUUUCGUGAAAAAAAUUAAUAAAUGGCUUUGUUGGGCUGGAACAAAACUGAUUUAUAAAUAGAAUAGGGGCGAGAUUCUCAGACAUAGGAUAAAUAUUUUAAAGUGGGGUUUUCUUGAUUCAGAAUAAAUUUGAAUAUUUUUAAAUUGAAAUUUCUUCAUUUCAAAAUCCUUUUUUCCAGUUUCUACAUUAUCAACGUCAAGAAAAUGCCCGCCUGGAGCUUCAAAAGAAUUCGAUUUUCAAUUCUCCAAGCCUCGCCGCCGACAGUCAUCAAGAAGACGGGUUUUCCGCAAAAUUGGAAUAA